AUGAGAGCUCCCCGCCGUUCCAUGCGGACGCUAUCGAGCCUCCCCGCAUCCUACGCGAAUGUGAGAUACGUGAGCCGUACCAGCAACGCGAAGUCGUCGCUGGCAUCUGCCACCGGCGCCACCAGCAAUGUGUGGCAACAACUUCCCCCCAAGACUGGCUCUGCCUCCCCACUGGCUAAGUUGCCGCUGUCAUCCGUCCUGCGAUCGCUCAUGAUCCUGUCGGUCUCGUCCUCUAAGCUUCUCUUGAAGCCUUGCAUCUAUACGCUUUCCAUGCUGGCCCACCCCAAGACGCCCGUGCUUGAUGUUGCCAAAAACCCCUUCUUGAACCUCCUGGUCAAGCACACCAUUUACAAGCAGUUCAACGCCGGCGAGAACAAGCUGGAAGUUCAGCGAUCCAUUGAGGAUAUCAAGCAGCUGGGAUACCGCGGCGUGCUGCUGGGUUAUGCCCGUGAAGUGCUCGUUGGCGAGGGCGACGCCGACCCGCUGGAUGAGAAGGCUGCGCGCGAGGAAAUCCAGAUGUGGCUGGAUGGAACUCUCCAGACUGUUGACAUGGCUCAGGAGGGUGAUUUCGUUGCCCUGAAGUUCACCGGUAUGGGUGUUCAGGCGCUCCAGCUCCUGCAGCAGCAGGCCAUGCCUUCUUCCUACAUGGAUGCUUCGAUUCAAAAGGUUUGCGACCUGGCCAUUUCGCGCAACGUUCGACUGCUCGUCGACGCCGAGGAGCAGGCCGUGCAGCCCGGAAUUGAGGAAUGGACGAUGAAGUACCAGAAGUACUGCAACUCGCAGACCCCCGGCCGUGCCAUCUUCUACAACACCUACCAGGCAUACCUGUGCUCUACCCCGACCACUCUCGCCAGACACUUGGAAACUGCCCGCCAGGACGGAUACACCCUCGGUGUCAAGCUGGUCCGGGGUGCGUACCUCAAGACCGAGCCUCGUCACUUGAUCUGGGCUACCAAGGAGGAGACCGAUGACUGCUACGACGGCGUCGUGGAGGCUCUUCUGACCCGUCGCUACAACUCGAUGCUGCAGUCCGCCUCGAAGGAGCACCAGACCGAGCUGCCCUCUGUCAACGUCAUCGUCGCCACCCACAACCGGGAUUCCGUCCGCAAGGCCCACGCCCUCCGCAUGCAGCAGGCCAUGCAGGGUGACAACCAGGGCGUUGAUCUCUCGUACGCCCAGCUUCAGGGAAUGGCCGACGAGGUCAGCUGCGAGCUCCUGCAGGGCUUCCAAGGCCCCGAGACAAACAAGCCCUCUUCGAUGGAAACCCCCAACGUGUACAAGCUUCUGACUUGGGGAUCGGUCAAGGAGUGCAUGGGUUUCUUGCUGCGCCGCGCGGUUGAGAACACCGAGGCUGUUGGCCGCACAAAACAGUCCCAGGAAGCGAUGUUCGGAGAACUUAAGCGACGAGUGUUUGGUUCCAAGAACUAA